UCAGACUUUGGCGACGAAAUUGAACUCGCCCUAAUAUGGUACUAACCUAACAUUUAUGACACAUUUUCGCCUUCUUUCCCCGAUUCAGGCGAAACCAGCUGAUAUUGUUAUGAAAACAUAAACAGCUGGUAGUCGAGAACAAUAAGAAUGAACGUAAACAUCGGUGAACCAGCUGGUUUUGUUGUGUAAACAUGACCAGCUGGUGGACCGAGAACAAAAGACCUUAAUGGUAAACGGGUAAACAUUGAGAUGGUCGGCGAAAACUGUCACAUUAUCGGGCGAGUUACAAAAACCCUGCGACUGAGAUUAACAGCGAAAUCGAAAGCGAAAUAUGAGUACGACGAAAUUUAUCGCAUCAAAGUCUAAGUCGAAAAAAAAAAUCGCAAUAUUUGAAAAUUUUCUAUAGAGCCUAUUGACACGGAAAAGCUUUUUUAUGACCUUUAGACCGCUUACGAUAGGGCUUAGUGGUUACUUGGGUAUGUUAUUCGAGCGUAGUCUGAACAUAGCAUAAAGCAAAGCAAGAUGCAAUAACGAAAUAAAAUAAAAAAAUCUGGUGAAAAAAUAUUGCAACUUUUCAAAACUAAAUCACACAAAAUGCUAAAUAGCGAAGAAGGAUCGCCCAAUGCUGAGCUGAAAAUAACCAAAACAUUUUUUGUUUGAUGUUUUGGUUUCGGUUUGCGUGCGCGCGCGCCGAGAGAGCGAAAAGAAAUUCGCGCGAGAGAGCGAACUGUCAAAAAGUCAAAACACAGUUUUGCCGCCAACCGCCAGAAUCGAUUGCGCGGAGCUGAUGGUUUUGCUUUGGGUGGCGCGUUUUCGUCGAGUCGUCUGUCGGAUGAUGGAAAAAAGUAAUUAGUGAGUGAUUAACUAGUGAAUUUAGGCUUGAAUUUAGUGAAAUUUGCGGUGGACAAUGUGGUGAAAGUAUUCGGGCGUCGAUUUGUUGUGGAAGUUGGUUGAAAACUGUUCGGGAAAAUGCGUCAAUCCGUAUCGACUCCGAAGACCCCGAAGACGUCCUCGAAAAAAGGUGCGUCGUCGUCGACGUCAUCGCCUGCGUUCCCGCCGUCCUGCUGCUUCAUUUGCAAGAAUCCCGAAGAUGACGAGCUCUUUUUGGGAAAGUUCCACAAAAAGUGGCGCCUUCAGGUGCACUAUCACUGCUUGCUUCUGACGUCGAGUCUGGUCCAGAAUGGGGACGACGAUGAAGGAAUCUUCGGAUUCAUGGAAGAGGACAUCAGGAACGAAGAGGCCCGAAUCCGCAGUCAAAAAUGUUACAUUUGCAAGGAGCGCUACGCCAAUAUAUGGUGCUGCGCCAAGAAAUGCUUCCGGACGUUCCACACAGCUUGUGGGUUCAAGAACGGAUGUUUGUCCCAUUAUUCGGACACGUUCCAGUCGUGGUGCGAUAAACACGUCGAACUGGUGGACACCGAGCAGCAUUCGGAGACGGAGGCCUGUGGGAUUUGCUACGACGACAUGGGAGCGUACCGAAGGUUGGAAUCGAUUCGUGCCCCGUGCUGUCAUAAUGGCUGGUUCCAUCGGCGCUGCGUGGCCCAAUUUGCCCAGUCGGCGGGGUACUUUUUCAAGUGUCCUCUGUGCAACAACAAGGACGACUUUGGCCAGUUGAUUCGACAGCGUGGGGUGUACAUCCCGGAAAAGGACGCCUCAUGGGAGCUGGAACCUAACGCAUUCAACGAUCAGCUGGAACGUCCUUCGGAAUGCGAUGCGGAAGAAUGCCGUUGCCGCUAUGGGCGAGACUUCGAUGACUGCAAACGAUGGGAUCUGAUCAUGUGUGCCACGUGUGGAUCGACCUGCCGUCACGAUCAGUGUAUGGAGGUUCCCUCGAAAAACUACGUGUGCACAUUUUGUCGGCCGAUCGUUGGGAAUGAACCACCUAAGGCGGUGUUGGAGCUAGCAGAAGCAUCUAGGCGGGCGGAGGCAGCCAGGCGGGCAGCGACCAGAGCUGAGAAUAAUGCCAGCGGAAACAGCAGAGGCAAUUCCCGGAACUCGAGGGCGGAAGCCCAAGAUGAUUCUGGAUCAGAAAGCUGCGACUCGGACAGUUCUAUGGAACCUAUUGCAACGAAACGCCGGAAGUCCAAAAAGUGCAUUGAGUCGUCCGAAUCGAGCGCUUCCUCUCCAAUUGCUGCAAAGAAAAAACGCAAAUCCCAGAAGCGGAGAAACGUACUAGAAGAUGAAGACAGCGAUUCGGACGUGGUUCCGAAGCGAAUGAAGCCAUCCGGCCAGAGGAGGUUAUCGUCGAGUUCGUCCCACUCUUCGCUGAUUUCUUCCAACGGAGAAGAAAUCAGUUUGGAGGAAUUGGUCGCGAAAAUUCCACUUCCGCGCGGCGCCUCAGUCGAGAAACUGCUCAACGCGAAAGCUAUCGUUAAAGUGGAGAAACUUACCGAAGAGAUAAUCAAAACCCUUACAUCCUCCGAGAACGAGGACGAAGAAGAAGCAGAAGUCUCCUCAACCGGUUCGUCGGCCGUCUUCGAUUUCAACUACCGCGUUCAGUUGAACAAAAAGCAACGCCACAAAGCGAUGAUGAUGGAGCUUCCGGCUCUCAAAGAGGCGAUCCGUUCCGACACGGACACCCUGACGGAUGCCUCGGUCGGCGGUGGUGGCGGCGGAAAGGAAGACAUUGUCCGUCCCAAAACGCCGGCUAGCAAACCGUUUGCCAAGCAGUUCAAGCUGAAGCUGAUCGGGUCGAAGUCGGUGCCCCGGAAGCGUUCUGACACCAGUGAAUCCGACCCGGAAGCCGUUGCAGCGAAGAAACCAUGCCCAACAACGGAUCAACCGCCCAGCAAGAGUCGCAUCUCGUUGUUUCCCUCCCAGGACGAGGAAAACACCUGCCCGAACAGCCCUCGGAAGGUCUCGAUCGAACCGAUUGCCCAAGAACCGGGUAAGAUUCACGACCCAUCACCGGUGAAGCUGAAACUCUUCAACCGCGACCAGCCAUCCACGGUAUUUCCGCCGACUCCUCCGAAAUCCGCAUCCACGACUAAGGCAGACGGUUCCAAAACUGCAUUCGCAUCGCAGGGAACAAAUCAGCAGCAGCAGCAGCACCAGCAGAAGACAUUGAACGCAUUCUUCAAGAUAAACUCCCCUGUUGAGGAGGCCGCCAGUGAUGUUGCUACUGCCGGUUCGGAAGGACCACGAGAUUCCUCCCAAUCUCAAAGCAGUGCAAUAGCGACGAUGACAGAGCGUAGUAGUAGCAGUAACAACAACAGCAGUUCAAAAAUAGGGAAAGGUGCUAAAAACCGGUCCGUUGCAUCCAAAACGCCGAAAAGUGUACGGAAGAAGGUGGUUCAAAUGGAUCGAAGCCAACGAAAUCUGCUGGAUUAUUUUAACCGUUGCUGACACACAACACCUGGAAGGCGAUCCUUUUAAUGUUAUUGAGUACUGGACCCUGGACGUUAUCAGAAUGAAUCAAUUUUUGACAUUGCAUUUUUUUUUUCUCAGUUUAUUACCUACUACAAAUUUUAUAUUGAUAAAAAAUAUCAUUUUUUUUACACAGUAAUAAGAAUUCGAUAUUACGCGUAAAUCGUAAAGUGAAUUAUAAAUAUAGUAGAGCAUGACUUUAAUGCGCGACAAACAUUGA